AUUUUAUAGCAAUAACAUCAAUAUUGCGUUGUUUUUUUUAUCCAUUCAGAUUUGGUGAAUAUAAAGAUAAGGGAAUUAUAGUUUACAAUGUUAUUGUAUCUAUUUUUUUCUUUUUUAAACUCCCCUUGUAUGUUUUAACACCAAUCUUUUUUGCAGAUCCAAUGGCAGCAAUAGUAGGAAGACAAUUCCCAAAUUAUGCCAUUUAUAAAAAGAAAACGCUUCAUGGAACGCUGACGUGUUUUUUUGUCUCCCUUGUGACAUUGUUUUAUAUCCGUAAUUAUUGGCAUAUUUUCAUUUUAAGUUUAUCACUAAGCUUUUUAGAAUUAUUUGGAGGGAGCUAUGAUAACUUAUUAAUGUGCUUUCCAAUUUUUAUUUAUAUGACAUUUUUUAAAGUUUAA